AUGGUUGAAAAAAAUGGAUUGGAUACCUAUGUGAGUGAAGGCGAUACCUUCAACCAUGCUGAAGAAGUCCCCUGUCUCGAUGCUAUAUCGCCAAACCACUCUGAGGAAGUCAGCAGCCUUAAAUCAUGCAUCCUAAACAGACUUCGACGUCACUGUGCCAAAUCUCUCAUGGGUCCCUGGGCAAACUCACAAAAUGUGGACAUUGAAGAAGUUGGAGGAGGCCUUAGCAACUAUCUAUAUGUGGCCACCCUAAAAGCUGGUACUGGCGAUGUCAGUGAUAUGACUCCCACGAAAGUAUUCAUCCGCGUCUACGGUGAGCUUCUGCGCAGCAAUAUGAAUUCAAUCAUCCUUGACGCAGUGCUGUUUGCCCUCCUCUCAGAGAAGCGUCUUGGUCCCAAGCUCUACGGUGUCUUUCCUGGUGGCCGAAUCGAGGAGUUUGUUGAGUCGCGUUACCUCUAUGCGAUUAUCUUUCGUGCUGUUGAGGAAUUCCAUCAGGAGGAUUUGUUAUUAGUCGAUUGUGGCGUGAUCAUCCAGGCCUCAAUAAUGGUGCAUAGUGAACUGGUCAGUUCCAUUCCACAAAGAGUCCAAUUUUACUCGUGGCCAUGUCAGUGGGACCAGCGUGCCGAUAAGCCCGGAUUGGGCAGUGCCCUGACACCCACUCAAGCACGCAUAUCCACCAUACACCCUGCAUCGCGGAAGCCAACUCAGGAGCUGGAGCUGAUGUUGGAGAUGCACGAGUUCUAA